AUGGAGGGCGCGUGUGAGGCUUCUUUUCCUCCAGAGUUCCUUCAUUUUCCUCCUGUUUCAAUCCUCAUCUGCAUUUGUUUUCUUUUCUCUCUUUUUUUUCUUCGCAAACUACAAAUACAUUUGGUUAUGUUCCUCUCUAUGUUUUUUUUUAAAUCUGUCAUCAAUAAUAAUAAUAAUAAUUAUUAUUAUUAUUAUUGCGUUACGUAUAGCGCUUACAGAAACAUGUCGCCCCACAACAAGCGCUCCAUGGAACAAAAGAAGAGGAAUAAAGACCGUAUCGCCGCCUACCACGGGCAAAGGGUCAACUCGCAUGGAGGUCACCGAAAUUCGCAUUCGCAUUCGGGCCACCGGCACCGCGGCGGGCAUACUGUUAGGAGAAACCGCAUUUACGACCCGGGAAAUCCGUUUGAUAGGCAACUCUUCGACUAUUUGAUUGUCGUGGACGUGGAAGCGACAUGCGAGUAUAAAAAUGACAAUUAUCCCCACGAAAUUAUUGAAUUACCCGGUGUAUUAGUUGACGUGAGGCGUGGCGUUGUAGACAAGGAACGUUCGUUUCGUUCAUAUGUGCGACCGCAACGUAAUCCUCUUCUCACCCCUUUCUGUAAAGCACUCACAGGAAUAACGCAGGAGGAUGUUGACAGCGCACCAACCCUCCAGGAAGUUGUGAAGUUAUUUGAGCAGUGGUACACCGAAACGAUUCCACGCGGUGCAAAAGUUGCCUUGGCUACGGACGGGCCUUGGGAUUUGAAAAACUUUGUGCACGAGCACUCCAUCUUGCGUGAUCAUAUUAGUUUCCCCACCAUCUUUUACGAAUAUCUGGACAUCCGCACGACCUUUGCACACUUCUUCAAUCGUGGUACGCCUUUAAAACUAGUUCCCAUGCUUGAACGGUUGCAGCUAACAUUUGAGGGACGUGAGCACUGCGGUUUUGACGAUGCGGUGAAUAUUGCCCGCCUCGCGGUGUCUAUGAUGCGUGCGGGAUGUGUGUUCAACUACCUCGUGGCAAUCCCAUUAACUGAUGAAUUUCACUACGACAUGCCAAAUACUGCGUUGUACCGCCGAAAGGAGGGGAGCGGUUAUCUUGACCCUGAUGUUGUUGAUGACAUUGCGAAGAAAUGCUUUGGAGUAGAUUACUUUACAUUCGGUGAGAGACAUAUGGCAGAGGUGAUGGAACACCGGCGCCGCUACCCUCAAAACUUCAACCAACGCAACCAACUGUGGAAACAAACGAAAAUGAAGAAUCGCGGCCGCAGGUUGUACGGCGUUCGCUUCAGAAUGGUAGCCGUUGCCGUCUUGGCUCUGCUUGGAUUAGUUUUGUUUUUGUUGCUCAUUUACCGGAAAGUGAUGACGCUGCUCUAA